AAAAGAAAAGAGAGUUUGGAUCGAAUUGAAGGACUCGGGGGUAAGGGCAAGAGCUGUAAUCACAUGGAUAUUGUCGUAACUGGGGUCGUCUUCUUCCCCUUUUCUUUCUCUCUCCUCCUUCCUCCGUCGCCCUAACCUCCUCCAUUCUUUCCCAUGCUCCCCUAAGAAACUCCCCCUUUCUCCCUCCGCUUUCUCUCUCCUCCUCCUUUCCAGCUUCCAUGGCUGACGACAAGGAGCUACCUUCUACGGUAGUAGACGGCAAUGGUGCUGUUACUGGACACAUAAUUUCGACUACAAUUGGGGGUAAAAAUGGAGAACCUAAACAGACAAUCAGUUACAUGGCAGAAAGAGUUGUAGGCACUGGGUCUUUUGGAAUUGUAUUUCAGGCAAAGUGUUUGGAAACCGGAGAGACUGUAGCAAUUAAGAAGGUGUUGCAAGAUAGAAGGUAUAAGAACCGUGAGUUGCAGUUGAUGCGAGUGUUAGACCAUCCCAAUGUUAUUUCUCUCAAGCACUGUUUCUUCUCAACCACGAGUAAAGAUGAGCUUUUCCUCAACUUGGUGAUGGAGUAUGUUCCUGAGACCAUGUAUCGGGUUUUGAAGCACUACAGUAGUGCUAAUCAAAGAAUGCCACUCAUCUAUAUAAAAUUGUACACGUAUCAGAUCUUUAGAGGCUUGGCUUAUCUGCACAAUGUUCCGGGAGUUUGCCAUCGGGAUUUAAAGCCUCAAAAUGUUUUGGUCGAUCCCCUCACUCACCAAGUGAAAAUUUGCGAUUUUGGAAGCGCCAAAGUUCUUGUCAAGGGUGAAGCCAAUAUCUCCUACAUUUGCUCUCGGUUCUACCGAGCUCCUGAGCUUAUCUUUGGCGCCACUGAAUAUUCAUCUUCUAUAGAUAUAUGGUCUGCUGGUUGUGUUCUCGCAGAACUUCUGCUGGGCCAGCCAUUGUUUCCUGGGGAAAAUGCUGUUGAUCAGCUUGUUGAGAUAAUCAAGGUUCUUGGUACACCAACACGGGAAGAAAUUCGAUGCAUGAAUCCGAAUUACUCUGAUUUUAGGUUUCCCCAGAUAAAAGCAACUCCCUGGCACAAGGUUUUCCACAAACGCAUGCCUCCGGAAGCCAUUGAUCUGACUUCAAGGCUACUUCAGUACUCACCUAGUUUACGCUGCACUGCUUUGGAAGCAUGUGCACAUCCUUUCUUUGAUGAACUUCGGGAACCGAAUGCUCGCCUACCUAAUGGUCGCCCAUUGCCUCCUCUCUUCAAUUUUAAACAGGAACUGUCUGGAGCAUCUGGAGCUUCCUCAGAUCUAAUUAACAAGUUGAUUCCAGAGCACGUGAGGAGACAAUAUAGUCAUAAUUUGAUGCAUCCAACAGGGACAUAAUAUCAAAAUAGGGCAUGUGAUGUUUUUUGCUGGUUGGUGAGUGAGAUCUUGUGGAUUACCAUGAUCAAGAGCUUAGUCACAAAGUACGGAGGCAUCCCUAUAUAUACUUUUCUCGUCCAGAACAAGUAGGCAGUCUUUAUGCUGAACCUGCCUCUGCCUGAUUUAUUCAUCGCUCACUCAUUCUCACUGCCAAUGUGCUUUUUUGUCUGUAAAUUGUUGAUAGAAAGGUCAAUCUGAUAAUGUACUCAUUCGAAGUUAGUAGAGGAGGUUGUAAUUGUUAAUGGCUGAUUAGGAAAGACCGCUGAAGAGUGGUGGAGACAGAAAGGUGUAGUUGGUGGUGGGUGUAUUUUCUUGUCUAUUUUGUUUCCUCUGUAUGUUAUUCCUUAGUUUUUCCAUCUUCAUCGCACCAGAUGCGGACCUUGGACAGGGAGAAGUGUAGUACCAUUAUUAUCAAUCAUCCUGUGAAAAUUAAUGUUUGCUUACAA